UCUUCGACGGAUGCCGGUCUGAAAAAAAUGCCACUUUUUCAUGAAGUCAUCAUUCACAGCGCGUAACAUUGAGCCGUGCAAAGACACAAAUCAAGGACAUUCUUGAAAGAAAGCUCACAGUAGGUCGACAAGAUGAACGCCAUACGAUGCAUUCUCGCAGCUUUGCUGGUCGUCUUUGUGGCGGCAACAGCCGUCGGAUCUGGAACAGUGGAUAACAAGUGCUUAAUGACAUACAAGUACUGGGGGACCGAGCGGUACACCUCGUACUACAAACAGCGUUACACCGUGGGCUGUGGCUGGUGUGGAUGGUCGCGGUGCACUAGAUACAGGCAAGUAUCCUGUGAUGCCUACCGUCGCAAGUUGUACACCAGCAGUCGAUAUGAGUGUUGCCCUGGCUGGCGUAGAGACCGCUAUGGAAAGUGCUCUGUGGCAAUAUGCAGUCCUCCAUGUCAUGCGACACGCGGAUCAUGUGUCAGACCUAAUGUGUGCCAAUGUAGGCCGGGAUACUAUGGUAGAACAUGCCAUACUGACGUGGAUGAAUGUCAGAGUAAGUCAUCGAACCAAUGCUCACAGAUUUGCAUCAACACGGUCGGGAGCUACCGAUGUGAGUGCAACACAGGAUACCGUCUGGACAGCAACGGUCGCAGCUGCACCGACAUUGAUGAGUGUUCCAUGUCUCGCACCCACGAUUGUGAGCAUACUUGCAAGAACACACAGGGUAGCUACAGAUGUGAAUGCUACAUAGGUUAUAACCUUCAACCUGACGGGAGAGAGUGUGGAGAUAUUGACGAAUGCGCCAGAAUGACUGACACCUGUGAACAGUUCUGCGUCAACAGAGAUGGAGGCUUCGAGUGUAAAUGCUCCAGGGGAUAUGAGUUGUCUCCUCCCACCCAAUGUUUCGACAUAGAUGAAUGUGAACUGGGAAGACCGCAUCAGGACUGUGAUCAGAUUUGCACCAAUGCCGUGGGCACUUUCAACUGCUCCUGUCGAGAUGGUUACCAACUUGGAAUGGACGCCAAAACGUGUGUCGAUAUAGAUGAGUGCGCACCCCCUAUGAACUGUGACAUGAUCAAAAUAUGUGACGUCACAGGUCAAGGUUCAAACUGCUCUUACGUCGGUGGUCGGCUGAUUGGCAUCGGUGAAUGUGAUGAUGUUAACGCGUGUUCACUCGUAGACUACAACUGUACCGAGUUGCAGGUCUGCCAACAGAUAUCACAGACACUCACUUGUGCGUGCAUUGAACGCAAUGGACACGCCCUGACGGACAACAGUGGAGCUGUUUCUGGCAGUCUUUCGGCCGACCCAUCCUUGCUACGACGCUGUGAGACUGUGAACGGGCGUUUCGACUGCAGCCUGCAUCAAGGCUACCAACUGGUCAUUGACAACACGUUUUGUGAAGACGGGAUUAAACAUAACUGCACGGAAAUGGAAGUCUGCAAAAACACGGUGGGUGGUUUCCAGUGUCCGUGUAAAGAUGGCUACAUCAGGAACAAUGACACCCAGGAAUGCGAUGAUAUUGACGAGUGUUCGACUGACCUUAUGAACUGUCCGGAGGGAACGGUCCAGAUCUGUCAGACCAACGUCAAUGGGACCAUCGAAUGCCAGUGUGUCCAGGGAACGCCCAAAGAGUGUCGCGCUGAUAAUUGUGAUCGGUGUUAUGGCGGCGUGCGGGUAUGCCGAGAUGAGAACGCAUGCACCUGCUACGAGGAAUUCUUUCUGAACACCGACAACAGACCUUGCAAAGGAGGAGGAUGUGCGGAAAUGAUCCAUGACUGUACUGAGAUGGAGAAUUGCGUGAAUACCAUCGGAGGGUACAACUGCACAUGCAUGGAGGGCUACGUCAGGGAGGACGUCAAUGGAAAUUGCACAGAUGUGGACGAGUGUCGUGAUGAAACAGCCCUGUGCAGCCACGUAUGCAUGAAUCUCGUCGGUAACUACUCCUGCACAUGCGUACCGGGCUACAUGCUGGACUCCGACGGCUACACGUGCCGCAUGCGUAUGGGCGUCUAUGAGGCCUACACGGCGCUAGAACAGGAGGAUGGACUCGAUAAACCGAUGGACAUGUCAUCGGCACUGAGCGGGUCUUCGCAAUGGUGGCUGCUCCCACUUGGCAUUAUUGGCGGUAUUGCCAUUAUCGCUAUCAUUGUUGUGGGGAGGAAGAGGUACCGACGAUCCCGACGUGGGACUGCAUGACCUUUGAAGGGUACCAGUGAAUGCGUUGCAUUCACUUCGGGGACGCGUUACACCUGUCGUCAGUAACACCACAUAGGUAUGCAACGUGUUAGUCAACCCCACUAAUU